AUGCCAGAUCAAAAAAGAUUACCAUUAAGGGGCUUCAUCAAGCACAUAGUAAGCAAGAAAGGAAAGGAACCAUGCCAUGACCCUACAUCCAGGCUUCCAAGAACGUCACUCGAUUCUCAAGGUGGAGAAUCCGCUGGGCUACUGCCUGCUAUAGCACCGUCGACAUCCGUAUCUUCGGUAAAUAUCGCAGCUACCAUAGAUCUUUCGCCAGAGGAUGUGUCUGUUGGAUCCUCGACCCAAAGGUCUCAACAUGGCAGCAACGCAUCCACAGCCGAGUAUGGAUGUCCAGACCAGCAAGCGCAGUUCCAAGAACUUUGGAAGGAAGCAAUUCUUACUAUCAAAGAGUCGAAAGACGGUAAUGAGUUAGCAGAAACCUUUGAGAUUCUAGACCAAGCCUCAACCAAAGACUCUGAGUUUAGCCUGUCAGUGUUGAUAUCAAAAUUAGAAGCGGCAAUGAAACGCGUCGGUAUGCAAAAGAAAUUGGCUGAAGCUAUGGAAACGAUCAUUCCACAUCUCAAUCGGUUCGCCGUUGUAGGCGAUAUCGCCGUCAGCACAAACCCUAAUCCUGCUGCAUUACCAUGGGCCGCCGUGCGUUUCCUUCUCCUGAAUCUUGCCGCUGGGGAGGAGAUCAGGGCCAAGGUCGACCAAGGCAUUACCGAAAUAGUCAUCCUGGUCUUUGAGUGCAGCGUUUACCACGAACUCUAUCUAACUGCAUCAGCUUCUAGUGACCUUGCGGUAGAUACCAACCUCCGCAAGAAGAUCAUUGACGCCCUAUCUCAAUGCAUAAAGCUGCUCGGAUUUGCGCUUCGUCGCCAAUAUAAGGCCGCCAGGGCUCUUACAGAUGCUUUUCGCUUAGAACGCUUUUCUGGAUAUCUAAAAGAUCUCAGUGUUGCCAAGGAUAGAGUACAUAAUGCUGGCUUACUAUGCGAAAUGCAUCAUAGUUCACAUGCCCGAGACCAUCUCAAGCUUGUUUGUGGCUUGAUGAUCGAAAUGAGGCUCGAAUAUAGUCAAAGGGCGGAAGAAAAGGUCAAGGCGCAACUCAUAGAUCUACUUAUCGACCCUAAGGAUGUGUUCGAUCACAUUUAUUAUCCACCCGAUUCUUUCUGUCUAGAGGGCACCCGCGUACAAGUUCUCAAAGACAUCGAAGAAUGGGCGUCCGAUCCCCAAAGUCCGACAAUUUGUUGGCUCCCAGGUCUGGCUGGGACCGGCAAGAGUACUAUUUCGCGCACAGUCUCAAGAAACUUGAAAGGCAGAACGCUUAGCGCCAGCUUCGUCUUUAAGAAAGGUGCCGGUAGCCGAGGAAGUGGCCAGCAUCUGUUUGCGGUACUGGCAUAUCAACUCGCCCUACAGUUCCCUCCCAUCCGCCCUCAUAUCUUGCAGACAGUGAAGGACGAUCACUCUCUAGCCAUGACACCUAUCCGGAUCCAAUGGCAAAAGUUGAUUGUAAAUCCACUUGUUAAAUUGCAAGACGAAGGACUCGUCAAGCCUGUUGUUUUUGUUCUCGAUGCCUUGGACGAAUGUGAUGAACAAGAUCGCGGAGAGAUUCUUCGUUUGCUAUUGAAAACAUGCCCAGAGGUACUACGAGUCUUUCUCACAAGUAGGCCAGAACUUGACAUUAUGGGACAUUUUAUCGACGAACCGCUCCAUAGAGAGAUUGUCCUUCAUAAACUCGAAAUCCGAACCAUAGAGAACGACUUCUGUGUUUUCCUCCGCCAGUCUCUGGAACGUUUCGUCGUGGAACAUAAUCGCACUCAUCGUCAAAAGCACCUCCAAUUACCUUCAGACUGGCCUGGGGAUGAGCGAUCCCGACUACUGCUUGACAAAGCUUUACCAUUGUUCAUCGCAGCUGCAACCUUCGUGCGCAUGAUUCGCGAUAGACACUGGGCGAGAAGCCCAGACUAUAAGAUUGACUUCAUCAUCGAUAAGUCAUCUAGGGUCAACUCUGAAUACGAUGCUUUAUACAAGCCUGUGCUGAGUCUCAUACAGAGCGGCGCGCCUGAUGACGACCUACAUGAAUUCAAACGGAAUUUUAUGGAUAUCAUAGGUUCUCUCAUUCUGCUUGCAAGCCCUCUACCGAUAAGAUCACUUGCUGAGCUUCUUGGCAUCGAUGCAUGGGCUGUAUCCAGUCAAAUCGAUGCACUACGUUCGGUCAUCGAUGUUCCGGAAGACGACAGUCCUCUUCAGCUGUUCCAUCUGUCAUUCAGAGAUUACAUCCUCAGUACAUCCGCUGGAGACCUCCAAGUUGAUGAAGAGAAGACACAUGCAAGCCUGGCAAACAGAUGCCUCAAGCUCAUGCGAAGAACUUUGAAGGCUGAUAUCUGUAGGCUUCGAACGCCAGGAAAAAGACUUUCUGAUGUUAAAACAUCUGUUAUCAGUCAGUGCCUACCGCCAGAAAUUCAAUAUGCAACCUUGUACUGGGUUCACCAUUUGAAAGCGUCCGGGAAGCGCAUCAGAGAAGAAGACGAUGCGUACAUAUUUUUUAAAGGUUUUUUUACAAACUGGCUCGAGGUUAUAUGCCUACUAAGAAAGAUUGAUCACUCCUUCUUGAUGCUGGAAGACUUGCAGAGCAUAGUCGAUGAGACUUCUGGAGCACAAGUACUGCAGUUUAUCCAAGAUUCAUUCAAGUUCAUUACUUAUUUCCGAGCCGGCAUAGAGCAGCAUCCUCUCCAGCUAUACCACUCUGGUGCUAUAUUUAGCCCUAAAGCAAGCAUCGCUCCUAGUCCACUCGACCGCCGUCAAUACCCCGACUACAUCACAGUGCCCUCCAACAUAGAUCCCAACUGGCCACAAAGUCAAACUGUUGAUGUUCUUGAAUGGUUAGCCCAGAUAUCAUUCUUACCAGACAAUAAACUAGCCUCAAUUUGUUACCAGGGCCAGAUCAGAAUAUGGGACCAGAGGUCAUGUUCUUGUAUUCACAAUCUGGGCCAAGGUCUCAGAUGGGACUGCAUCCCGGUUUUCUCCUGGUAUGGAAGCAAGACAGUAGCAGCUGGGUGCCCUGAGAUGAUAAAAAUUUGGAAUCUUGACACUAGUGUAUGCGUCAGGAAUCUGAUUUUAGAGCGUUGCUCUGGUAUCAAGGCUAUCGCAUUCUCGGACGAUGGAAGGUUCCUGUGCUCAGUUUGUGACCGAGAUGUCGAGUGCGUAAUGCUUAUACACUGCCUUGAAAAAGAAGAGUGUAUUUAUGACUUCGACAUACCGGGCAAACCCAGUCCUGUACUUUUAUCGCCACAAGGUCAGUGGAUUGCAACUAUUGUGAAAGAAUCCAUGUUUCUUUCAAGGUGGGACCCUUUCACAACACCGACCUGGACUGUCCUGGGACACCAACUUGAGGAUGAUAUACUGUGCUUCUCAAACGAUGGCACAAUGGUCGCCUCACUAUCAUCGAAAUCGAAGUCGGUCAAAAUAUGGAGCACAGAAUCAAAUAAGUGUCUUCAUGCGCAUAAUUUUGAGAAGCCGAUAGUUCCUGGCCAUCUUUCUCUGACGAAGGGCUGGUUGGUAAUCACUCUCGAUGAGUAUCAAACUGCCGUGCUUGACAUGAAGACAGGGGCCGUUUCCAAGAGUUUCAGGAGUGAGUUCCAAGUUGGGCCUAUCAUUUCAGACGACGGCACAUUACUCGCGGGACAAUCGCAUGACGGUGCCAUCAGAAUAUGGGACCUUACGUCAGGGGCCUUGGCAGAAAAAAGCCAUUGGGAAGCCAUGGGAAUCGAUUUGAUCACUCCCAUUGCGAACGACAACACUAUACUGUCGCAUAACGCGGGGGUUGUGAAGCUCUGGGAUUUGCAAAGCGGAUCUUGCAAAGAGACACUCGAGCCAGAAGCCCCGUUGAUAGACCAAAUUCUUAUAGCAGCUGCAGCCAACACUUCAACAUUUGCUAUACUGAAAAGGCCAAUGAUUGAAGUUUGGAGUAUCGACCCUUUGCGUCAUUUAAAGACACUGGAACGAGAACUUAGUUUGGUUGAGAGGGGGUAUUGCUGCCUAGUCAUUUCUGCCAACGGACGACGACUAGCUAUAUCCCCAGACCUCUGUUCAAUCGAGGUCUGGAACGUGGUUGACGGCCUUCUAGAGCAUAAAAUUGAUACGCCGUUUAUGCACUUCCCCUGCAUCGUCUUUUCGCCGGAUGGUGCGAAAAUUGCCUACUAUUUGGGGGAAAGCAUCGAGAUACGCAGUCUUCCUAGACUUGAGACACUCACGAUUACGACUGAUGUGAGCCCGGAAGUACCAUACUUACGCAGUCUCACCUUUCAUGGUGGCUGGUUGAUAGGUAUAAAUAUGAACACGCAAGUGCAAGUCUGGGAUGCAUCAACCGGAGAAAGUCUUUUUCUGUCGCAGCCAUAUCCGGAGCUCAGGGCAUCCAAUUUUCCGUACUCGUUUCUUAGUACCGAUGCCAUUGCCCGUUCAUUCCAUGGAGGUAUGGAGGAUCUGGAGCCAUAUUACAUCGGUCAAGAACCUCCUUGGCUCAUGAAGAAUGGUGAGAAACUUCUCUGGCUCCCACCAGAUUACAGACCACAGUCUGUAUACGUAUCGGGGACAACUAUGGUCCUUGGAACGUAUUCCGGGCGUGUAUUAUUCUUGUACUUGAAGGAGUAG